AUCUUCCCACUCCCGACUGCAGCGGCAUAAUUCCACGGAGCCUGCGGAACCCCCCGCAUCAUGAUCUGAGGAAAGCGGGGAGAGAGCAGUUGCGUGGCUUUCCCCCAAUCCCUAAGGAAAAGACCGAGAUGUGUCGCCGAACAAGCUUUUCCUUCAGAAUGGAGGCGGAGGGACAAGCGGCGGCGAAAUGGCCGUCCGAAGGAAAGACCCCCCCCCCCCCUUAACCCUCCAUUCAGCUUCUCCUCCCUUGUGACCAACCCAGGAAUUGCUUCCGCCGGUAGCGGGACAGCGAGGAAAAAGACGCCCCCCGCCCGCGGUGGUUGUUGUUUGUGUGUGGGGUGGGGGGUGGGGACCUUCCACCCUUCUCUCCCCACCCACUUAUGCCGGAGUGCGGAAAGUGGAGCUGGCCGGUCAAAAGACCCGCCAUCCGAGGCUGACUCGUUGCAAACGUGCUCCCCGAAGGCCGGACUACGUUGCAAGGCUUGUAGGUCUAAGAGGCGAGGUCUGGGGGCUCAGGCGGUGCUGAGGUCAGAGAAGGAUGCUGCCCAACCAGUUUGGGAAGCGGCAGCGGCAGCAGUAAGCUUUGGCCUUUCAAAAGUACGUGUGGGCAUCCACCAGAAGAGUUCUUCCACUCUGCUUGCAACAACAUUUUUCCCCGGGACCAGGGGGUUCCAGGAUAUGAAGGAGAUGUCUUCCUGGAUUGUUCUGAGUUUGGAAGAUGAUCCUAAUCUUUGACAAAGCAGUGAUAAAAGCGGCUGCUUAGAACAUUUCCUGGGCCAAAAAUAACAACAACAACACCAACAACCAGAAGGUGGUAUGGCUGUGAACGUGGAAGAUGACGACGUGCCCCUUAUUCUCACUUUGGAUGACAGCCGAGGCCAUGGCUCUGCGCCAGAAGAACCCCCCAGGGAAAAUGGAGGCAGCUAUGACUUGAUCAGUGAAGUCCCCAGUCCAGCCGCUGGGGACUGCUACCCUCAACAGAGCUAUGCGAGACACAACUGGGAAAUGAAUUACCAAGAGGCAGCAAUCUACCUCCAGGAAGGAGAAAACAAUGACAAAUUCUUCACGCACCCCAAGGAUGCCAAAGCGCUUGCGGCCUACCUCUUUGUGCACAACCAUCUCUUCUACCUAAUGGAGCUGACUACAGCACUGCUGCUCCUGCUGCUGUCCCUCUGUGAGGCGCCCGCAGUGCCCAUGCUUCGCCUCGGCAUCUAUAUCCAUGCAACCUUGGAGCUUCUUGCCUUGGCGAUAGUAGUGUUUGAGCUGUCUAUGAAAAUGAGAUGGUUGGGCUUCCACACCUAUAUUCGGCACAAAAGGACCAUGGUCAAGACCUGUGUGCUGUUGCUGCAGUUCAUCGAGGCCAUAGUGGUGUUGGUGCGCCAGACUUCACAUGUACGGAUUACAAGAGCCUUGCGUUGCAUCUUCCUAGUGGACUGUCGUUACUGCGGAGCUGUCCGAAGGAACCUACGGCAGAUCUUCCAGUCUCUCCCUCCAUUCAUUGACAUUCUUCUCCUCUUGCUUUUCUUCAUGGUCAUCUUUGCCAUCCUUGGUUUUUAUUUGUUCUCUCCAAACAAAUCGGAUCCUUAUUUCAACACCUUGGAGAACAGCCUUGUGAAUCUCUUUGUCCUUCUGACUACUGCAAAUUUCCCCGACGUGAUGAUGCCAUCGUAUUCCCGAAAUCCUUGGUCCUGCGUCUUCUUUAUCGUGUACCUUUCCAUUGAGCUGUACUUCAUUAUGAAUUUGCUGCUGGCCGUCGUAUUUGACACCUUCAACGAUAUUGAAAAGAUGAAGUUCAAGUCACUGCUGCUUCACAAGCGCACAGCCAUACAACAUGCCUAUCAGUUGCUUGUCAGUAAACAGAGACCUUCAGGAAUCUCCUUCAAGCAGUUUGAUGGGCUGAUGCGAUUUUAUAAACCUCGGAUGAGCUCCAGAGAUCGUUACCUUACUUUCAAAGCACUGAGUCAAAGCAAUACUUCCUUAGUCAGUCUGAAGGACAUGUACAAUUUCUAUGAAGUUGUUGGUUUAAAAUGGAAGGCGAAAAGGAACCGGGAGCACUGGUUUGAUGACCUUCCGCGAACAGCAUUCCUCAUUUUUAAAGGCAUUAACAUACUGGUGAAUUCCAGAACCUUCCAGUACACCAUGUAUACUCUGGUUGCAGUGAACGGCCUUUGGAUCUUAGUGGAGACCUUCAUGCUGCGAGAUGGAAUCUUUAAUCGAGAUGUCCCAUGGAGUUAUAUUGUCUUCCUUACAAUUUAUGGGGUAGAGGUGCUGCUGAAGAUCACUGGAUUGGGGCCUAUAGAGUACCUGUCCUCGGGUUGGAAUUUCUUUGAUUUUUCAGUCACCCUCUUUGCCUUCUUGGGUCUCCUGGCCCUGGCAUUUGACAUGAAGCCAUUCUACUUCAUCGUAGUUCUGCGGCCGUUACAGUUGCUAAGGCUGUUCAAGCUAAAGAAGCGCUACAGGAAUGUCCUGGAUACCAUGUUUGAGCUGCUUCCUAGGAUGGCCAGCCUAGGCUUAACCUUGCUUAUCUUCUAUUACUGUUUCGCCAUCAUUGGAAUGGAAUUCUUCUCAGGAAAACUUUACCCAAAUUGUUGCAACAGCAGCACAGUGGCAGAUGCCUAUCGCUGGGUGAACCGCACCAUUGGGAACAGGACGGUGGUGGAAGAAGGCUACUACUAUCUCAACAAUUUCGACAACAUUUUGAACAGUUUUGUUACCCUGUUUGAACUGACAGUUGUCAAUGACUGGUACAUAAUUAUGGAAGGGGUGACAUCAGAGACCUCUCAUUGGAGCCGCCUCUACUUUAUGAUUUUCUACAUUGUGACUAUGGUGGUGAUGACCAUAAUCGUAGCCUUUAUAUUGGAUGCUUUUGUGUUCCGUAUGAACUAUACCCGAAAGAACCGCGAUUCAGAAGAAGACAGCGGCAUCGUCUUAGAGAGGGAAGUAUCUAAGGAAGAAAUGACUGCCGUUGCAGAGCUGUAUGGGAGGAAUGGUUCUGCCUCAGCUGCCAGCCACCUCCUCAAGGUCAUUUCCCAGAUGGACAGGCACACGCAAACCUCCAUGUUGUUCCUGGGACGGAGAUCAAGGACGAAAAGUGACUUGAGUAUGAGAAUGUAUGAGGAAGAGAUACAGGAGUGGUAUGAAGAGCAUUCCCGGGAAGAAAGCCAUCUUCCGUGGCAAGAAGACGAACAGCUCCUCCACCAGCCUUUGCAGCUCCCUGGCCUCCGGCAGCGCGCUCAGACCGUUAUCUAGGCCAGGCUAAUUCCAGCUGCUUCAACCUACUCAUUAACCAUUCCGUCUUCCCUUACUUUACAACGUACGUACUGGAUUAAUGCAUAGCGUCGAGUGGAAGCAAAAUUUCUCCUAGAGUUCCUUUGGUUCGAAGUCCAGGGACACAAGCAGCUGAAACUCCAGAUGCUGCUCUGUGACUUAGAGAUGGCCAGAUGUUCUGGCUCAACCAGGAGGCUCUGCUAUACAGCCCAAAACAUGCUUGGUAGACUGAGCAGUAGACAGGGGUGGGAUGCUACUACUUAACCUCUUAUGAGCAGGGGGAAUCUAUCACAUAUACUUGGGGAAUUUGUGUCAUACAAAAGCAGAGAGCUUCAUUUUGCUAAUUCCCCAUAGGCAUUCCACUCUGUGUGGCUAAAUAAGGUGGCCUCCCCAAGUCUCCGGUCUCUUCCAGCUUCCCAGGAAUAGCUGCUGCCACCAGUAUGUGGAAAGACUGCUAGCAGUUACACUCGCUGCGUUUGUCAGAAAUAACCUAAGUGGAGCAUGGCUGACCAGUUUGUAUCAGGACUGUUUCUGUCCUUGAAUGGCUCCCAUACAAGAAAUGAGUUCCUGGCUUCAGUAAGCGGUGAACGCUUGGUCUCCCGCGGAGGUUUGUUUCCUGACGGGCACAAUACAGUUUCUUUUUAACUUACCACAGUCUGGAAGCGGAUAUGCCAAGGCUCUCCUCGGAGGAGAAAGUAUAAUGUCGCUGAAUGCUGCCUUGGCUGUGGCAGGUAUUAAAGCAAUAGAAGAAGGGGAAAUGGUCAGACUUGCAGUCAUUGGAUGGGGCCUUUGGGUUGGGCCCGAUCGUUUACUGCAGAGAAAUCUCAACCCUUUUAUUAAUCUUGGACACUCACUCCCACAAUAGGAGAAAAAUAACAAGUGAGCUGUGUUUAUUUGUAUGCAGCAUUUCUUAUCAGUCCCUAAAAAUAAUGGAAAACUGCCUUCCGACAAAUAUUGUUGGCCGAAUAGAAUGCCACCGGCCAUAGCUGAAAUCUCAGAAAGCUACUUGUUUAUGGAAGUCGUUCCUUCCUCCACCAUAAUUUGCUGCAAUCUGUAUUUUGCUAUUUUAAGUAUCCCUUACAAUAUUUAUGAGAAAGGAAUGCAUACAUUUGCUGGAGCUGCACAAGCGGUGUAGCUAGGUAGCCCAAAGAUGUCUAAGGAAGGGAUCUAAAUAAGGCAGGGGCAUACUCACUUAUAGGCCCCUUCCGCACAUGCAGAAUAAUGCACUUUCAAUCCACUUGCACUUCACUUUGAAACUGCAUUUUACUGUGUGGAAUAGCAAAAUCCACUUUCAAACAGUUGUGAAAGUGGAUUGAAUGUGCAUUAUUCUGCACGUACUACAUAAAACCAUCUCUUUUCUGGGCACCAUCUUUUUAUCUGCAUCCCUCUGAUGUGCCUGUGGAAAAUUUCUUUGGACUUUACUAUAGCAAAAGUGAUGUUUCUGUUUCAUCCCUUAAAACAAAAAGUCUUUAAAUGUCUUCUGUUAAGACCAACUAUAAUAACACAUGAAACCGUGUGUAUGCUUUGGAGUUCUAGAGAAGGCUUAAUCAGCUGGGGGGGGGGGGGGUGCAGAUUGCUUAAAAUCUAUAUUGGUGAGUUCCUGAAAACUCAGAAGCUUGCACACGGUUUUGUGUGAUCUUAACAAAAUAUAUUAUAGGGUUUUUUGUUUUUCGGGUCUUGCUUUGGACUGUUGGAGCUACCUGCAACUUUUACUUAUCUAAACCACUAACCAAAGGGAGCAACCCUGUGUAUUGCAUCACUCAAUCUGUGGACUUUGCAGAGCAGUACUUUCUGCUUUUAAAUGUUGCUGCAGCCCACUAGAGCCCUGAAAAAUUUAUUCCAGGUUGUGUGUGUGUGUGUAUGGGGCAGGGCGGGGCAUUGGACUUUCAAGGACCACGGAGGCGGCAAGAUGGGGAUCUGCAGCAGGAAGGGCAGUAGCAGAAGUCACCAUCUCCUCUUCUGUAAACAGAAAUGCCUUUCCAUUAGAGGAACUUUGUGAUCGGAUAUGCUGGGCUGAGUUCUGUUCUUGAAGUGUUUUUUUCUGUAACAGCCAAGUGCAGUUUCAGAGUUUGUUCUACAAAUGCACAAGCAGAACUGGAGACUUGAUGUGCCAAAAAAGCAGUCAAGCAGCUUUUGUAGACACCAACACAGUAACAGGACUUUGCUGUAUGCAGGGGGACAGACUGGCCAUUUAACUUACAGGGAAAUUUCCAAAUGGGUCACUGGGGGCCAGAAGCAAGCAGAGUCUAGUGCCAGCAACUCUGCCAGUGCCCCAGGGCCGUUGGGUUUAGAUCAUUCCAUGGUGACAUCUAUCAGUGUCAACCCACCAAUUGCACCCUCCCUUAGUGGGAGGAAGCAGAAGGUGACCCAGUGACUGUUGUUGAUCUACACAACUGAGCCGAAUGGCCCUGCAGCACUAGCUUGUUCACAGCCCCAGGGCCCCUGUAACUUGCUUCAGGGCCACUUUCUCUUCCCAGUCUGACCGUGGCUGUAUGCUUUGGAGCCGAUGCAGUUGUUUGGAUGGACUGCUAAUCCACGAAUCUGCCCCUCCAUUUGCACUGUAACUUUUUUGAGAGAGAGAGGGAGUUUGGUUUUAACUAAUAAGCUAAUCAUAAGGCCAGAAGCUACUUUCUUCCGAACUGCUUACAAGGUGGAAGGAAAAUAAUUUUUGGAGUAUGGGGCAUCCCCUUCUAACUAACCCUCUCUUUGGUAACGUGCUGACACAGCUGACUUCAGAGACAAUCACUAUGAGGGAGGAGUAACAUGCAGGGUUUCUUAUACUGGCAGUUUGUAUGGAUAUUGUAACAAUGUCUGAAACAGUAUUAUGUAGACCUUUCCAGACACACUAAAUAAACCUUUUUAAACAUGG